AUGAAGCGUAUCUUUCUAGUUUUCCUUGCUUUAAUAGCAGUCAUUUAUGCAGAACCCGAUAGACAUCCCUAUGUGGUAAGUGUUAUCAUAUAUUUUUGCCGUUUUUAUCGCUUAACAGUCAUACUGAAAAUGUAUUUUUGUACGAGUUGCAUUUCAAGUGGACAAGGAAAUUAGCGCAAUUGAAUGAUCCAAUAAAAGAAAUGAAGCUUAAACGUAACACGACAUAUGAAACCAAUAGACCAUUAAAAAAUUCAGCAUUGAUGUUUAGUUUAACCCGAUGUUAGUCUUCUUGAGACAGCUUUGAGGGAGUGCUAGGAGAGCGUAUCCUUAAUCUCAGUCUUAAGCCGGUAAACUGGUUCGAUUGUAAUUAAUGCCAAUCUAAUGAUUUGGUUUUGUCUCGAAGAAGUAGAACUUUUACGAAGAUACAUCUUGUUCAGCAGUGUUCCGAGGAAAUUAAUUACAAAAACUUCGACGAGGUUCAUGUUCACCGAUGAACUUGAUGAAAAGUUUUCAACAUUAUAUAUGCGAUAAAUUGAAACGACUUCUUUUUAGUGAAAAUUUAAGGUAGAGGAAAAUGCUUUUGAUGAUAUAGCCAUUUUAAACGACAAUCUUAAACCCAAGGGGCAUUGCCAUAUAAAAAUGAUGAGUUGUGUUCAUCGUACUUUUUAGAGGGUAAAAAGACUGUCAUUAGAGUAACUGCAGUGUCUUUUAGCGGUAUAUAGUCGAACGAAACAAUUUUUGGGGGUAACUGCUUGGGAUCGUGGUUUACUUUAGGGAGAGCUGUUUUCGAAGAAGCCACCACCCAUGAGCAUUCAUGUCUGAAGGGAAACAUUUCCGGAACCGGUUAACUUGCCAUUUUGCUGUAGAUCGGUUCUAAACGUCUACAGUGUCAAUUAGCGUCCACAUUAGAUACUGCGGACAAAGGCACAUGUUUUACACGUUCAGUUGCUCAUAAAUUCGUUUAUUUGUUGAUUAUAAUUAUUCAUGAUCUGGCUUAUGACCAUCAGCAAUGCAAAAUUGACCUGUAUGACUGCAUGAACACUCCAGACAAAGGGACAAUGGAGUGCUUGAAAGAAUACAUGACAUGUAUGGAGCAACUUAUCCCAACCUUACCACCAAUGCCACCAUCCGUAGUAAGUCAAGUUAAUGUGUAGUACAAAUGUAGUCGAUAGAGUCACUGUUACGGCAAACGGUAAACGUCAGAUUCAAGUUAAGAAUUUCUAUAAAAAUAGGGAACAAGCAGUUGAAAACAGUCCAAGACAUUUCUAAUGGGUAAAACUUGUAGCGAGUGAUGAAAAUUAAAAGACGUGUAAAGGGAAAACAUGGUCACACGUUACAAAUUCACGUUUGCGGAUUGCCAAAAAAGUGACUAAAAACCACUUUAUUCAAAUAAGGUAGCAUACCUCUUCGUAAGGCUGGGUACUUCAAAUUAAAGGCCCUUCCUCUUUCCUCCUCGUAGUUUCUGCCUUUUUGUUUUUCUUCUUCAUUUUGUGAAAGCUGUUGCAGAGAAUUUUGAAUUUAACUUGCAAAGUGAAUACUUCUUGUAAUGAGCUUUCCAGUGUUUUUUUCUUUCUUUUUUUCAUAGUCAUAUUUUGACUAACUAUGUAUACCUCUGCCUAUUUUAGCAAUGUGUAAAGGACUUGUAUAAAUGCUUCACAAAGAACGAAGUUGGCAACUUCGCCUGUGUGAAGACAUUUGGUUCCUGCUUAAACCAAGAGCUGCCGUCAUAUAUAGUAUGUAUGCUCUUUUUAGUGAAAUAAAAUUGAUCACAGUGCCACACUGAACAGCAUCGACUUCAUUGCUUUACGAACCUCAAAUCCAGAAACUAACUUAUAAUUUACCAGAAUUUCAAAAUUAACCACUUAUUAUAUUGUAUAAUUAUAUUCUCUUGACAGCAAGCCUGCAACAGUGAAGUGCAGCAGUGCUGGAACUCAGUAACAGGUUAUAUGGACAGAUUUAAGUGCUGCACGUCUUUCGCAUAUUGCUUUCUUAACGGACCAACUGCUGCUCCCAGUGCAGCUGUAUUUGAUGCAAUUGAGGAGGAGGAUCAAUCGAAUGACUUAAGUGAUGCUGCUGUGAGUCUAUACUUUACUUAUGAUUUUGCUAGUUGUCAAUGUUUGUAUCAGGAUAGAUUUCAUUUCAAACAAAUAAUAAUACAGUGACACCAAUGAAAUAGAAAAACCUUCAAAUGCACUGCAUUAAAACAACUACUGACAAAACGCGUAAAUAACAGUGGAAUUCACUAUAAGAGGCCUUAAUACAGUACUCGAAAAAAAAAUCAUAAACAAAAACGUUAAAUGACUCGCAGAAAGUGUCAUAAGAACGGGUGGAAUUUUUUCGAGUGACUUAUGGUGGAAAGAAAACAUGUGGUUCAAUUUUCACAAUUAUUUUACAUUAUUUGUUUAAAAUCGGAGCAUUUUUAAAAAAAAUCCCAUUCAUCUGUAAAAGACGAACGAUAAAGCUAAUACAACCUAAGUUUACUGUAACUUGCUUUGACUUGUUUGUUUGCUUGUAUAUGUUGUUAGAAAUGUAAGGGCGAUUUUGGUAAAUGUCUUAAAGAAGAAAAAGGCAAGAAUCCCAAGAUCUGCUUCAAAAAACUUAGAGACUGCAUGGUUGCACUGAUUCCUCCAUAUGUGGUAGGUUAAAGCAGAUUAAUAACAAUAAUAAUAAUAGUAAUAGUAAAUAAAAAGCAAAUAAAUGACCUAAAUAAAGGGAUAUGCGUAUUAAUUCAGGGCCAAAAUCUCCCAACAGUUCUAUCUAAUUUUGAUGCAAGGAUGAUAAAUGGUCGUAUUGUUUAAUAUUUGUGGCAAGAUUGACCUUUUACACUAUUCAUAGGAGAGUAUCAUAGGAAUUGCUUAGCCAGUAUUUAAAGAAAGAACGCUAACAUAUAUCUCUUGCUUUCAGAUCCAGUGCAAGGAUAAAGCUAAACAAUGCUAUAACAACGCUAGCGGACUGGAGGACAAAUUGACGUGCGGAAAAGAAUUUGCUAUCUGUAUCAGUAAUGGCGCGCCCACUCUGGCUCCUCCUACAUCGUGAUAUCCCUUGUAUUAGAAGGAGAGGUUGCCCUUAAAAUUUUAAGUAUUAAUUUUCCGUUAAUUUCAAUGAGUUUGAAAGGAGAAUAAAGUCAAACAUGAUGAAUAAUUCUGUCUUUAUUUAAUUGGGUACCGUGUAAUAGGGGUGGGUUGGGGGGACACGGCAGUGAAGCUGCAUUAGGCUUUCUCCAACUUUUUCCCUCGUGUCCAAGUGUUCUGUCAUGAUCUUAUUGAAUACAGAAAAACCAUAAUCGUCUCUUUCGCCAAUGAAAAGGGAAGGAAUGCAAUCUUUGCAUAAGGAAGUAGAAGGAAAAAUGAAAAGAAUAGGUUGCCUGGAGAAUGGUCUUCUUUUUGCCAAUCGCCUUACAGUCAAAAAAAUCUUAUAUAAACACCUCUUUUUAUUUAUUUAUUAAUUUCCCCUUUUUGGUUAGGCUGAAGAUGAAUGAAUGUUCUGUUACAAGAGGGAAAAGCAACAAUGUAACAAACAGCGGUCGAAUAAAAAGCUUAAAGGAGUUAACUUUAGAGAACUGUUCGUCUUUUCCAAUUCUAGAAGCUAAUGGAGUUUUCAAAACCUGAUUUCUUUAUUUCACUAUAAUUUUGUUCUUUGUUUUGUUUUGGUUUUUUUCAAUUAGUAAAGAACUUAAUACAAAAAAAGGAAAGAAAAAGGAGAAAGUGUUCCAUACUCAAAGUGUAUACAUUACAGCCAAUAACAGCCGCAAAAUUGCUGAAGGUGGCUUCUUUUACAGACAGUUAAUUAUUAUCAUCAUUAUUUUUUUUACUUGUGAUGACAAAAAUGUGAUAAUCAAUUUUUGUGCUUACUUGCGUAAAAGAAUAAUAUAUUUGUGAAGAAAUCAUCUGUUUAUAAUAAAAAGGGCACAAUGGCCUUAACAGGUACGUGAGGUUCAUUAUAGGGUAAGGAAUUAGGAAUUACGAUCCCCCGGCUAAACUUUCUCUAGAACUUGGUUUAAGAGAUGUUAAAGCCAUAUCGACACUACUAUUAGUACAAAAACAAACAAACAAACAAACAAAACAAAUUAAGUGCAAAACCAACCUAUAGCUAAGGGUGAAAUGAAAAUAGCAGCACGGGGGUGGGGGUGUAUUCUAAGAAGAGAAAAAGAAAAGGUUGCUCCAGUAAAGAAUCGUUUUAUAAAUAGAAUAAAUAAAACACAAAGGGAGAAAACAGGCUAUCUAAAUAAUUGUUCUCAAAAGUAUUUUAUUUGUUGUUUUUUCAGUGGAAACUUAUCAAACGCGUUCAUGGCAACAUUUGCCUCGUUUCGUUCACAUAUUUCUUACGCGAUGCUCUGGCCCUAUCACUUGUCUGACGUGUACGGCCCUCACGCAGAACUUUCAGCGAAAUUACCCGCGGGGCCGUACGGGUCAUAUGAUAAAUGUGAAAUAAGGUCAAUCCGGGCAAGGGCCAAAAAUAAGAUGAAAUGGAAUUUAGCUUUGUUUAAUCAGGUGAUUAACUAUUUGAUAUUAUUUUUGCAGCGGUUUUUCUUUUUCCUUUGACAAAUUAUACAACCUUUGCCUGGCUUUAAACCCCUGCGUUACUUAUUUACUAAACCGGUUUUCUUUUUCUAUUAUCAAUAACAUAGUUCAUUAGCAAACAACUAUUGUAAUGCUACAACCUUAAAACAUAUUUCAACAGGAGGCUUGCUUUUUCAGCUUCAUUAAAACAAAACAUUUUAUGAAAACAGUACAGCUCUUGUAAAUAACGCGGAACGUGGUAUGCUAUUACACCUUUCAUUUUCAGUAUAAUGUACUUUUCUUUUCUUUGAGAUACCUCACAAAAGCCAGCUCAUAAAAGGUUGCUUUUUUCCCACCACAACUAAAAGAAUUAAGUGGCAGAAACUUGCAGGCAUCCAGGAUGAAGUACUUCGUGACAGUUUUUCUUUUUGCGCUAGUGGCAGGUAUCCGAUCGGAAUACUUUGAAGACUUAGUCCUCAACGAUGGUGAAAUACCUCCAAGACACCCGUAUUUUGUAGGUUACAACACAGUUCUUUUUAUUUCUUCAUUAAUGGACACAUUUAAUUGCUCAUUUUAAUUUCUUAUUUCUUCUUUUCCUGCUUUUCACACUAUUUAUCAUGCAGAAUGGCUGUUGUUCUCGUGAUAUUUUACUUACAGUCGUGUGUUAAGAACAUAGGGCCGUAAUAUUACAGCUGAAGCGUGAACUAAAUUACUCUCAUUGGUAAAAGUCUGCGCGGUUUGUCCUUUGUGUAGCGAAUACCGUCUUGCUCAUCAACUUGUAGGGCAGAGCAAAGAAAAAAGGCCAUGCGACGUUUUGUUUAUAUUUUUUUUGAGCCAAAUCUUAAAUGGCUAAUAUUAUUUAUUAUGUUGUGUAGACUAAACGUGGUGGGCUUCAAAACAUUCAAUGAUGUACGUAAAUAACCUUUAGCAAUGGGAGAAUAGCGGCUUGAGUGAUUUUUCCUCUCGGGUACUUGAGUAUCGACGAGACAAGCGAUAGAUUUUACCGGAGAUCAGAACCUCAAGUUAUUAGUUCGCUGUGUUUCUUUCUCCAAAGAAUUAGCCUCAAAUUCGUUAGGUUACCAUUAUAACAUGGCCCCAUGAAUUUAAAAUGACCAAAUGGCAGAUGGGGUAAUUUCAACAGAGUUUACAUUGUAUUUGUCUCGGAGUUGUAUAACUUGCAGAUUUGUUUGCAUCAUUUGUGUCCUUCUAUACACAGAGCAAAUUUUCUAUCACGAUUACCUUGAUUUGUACGGGUUUAAGGAGGAGUGGAUAAUUCAAAUUAUUACAAACUGAAUCAUUGGAUAAUGCAAUUCUGGUAUUUUGAUUGGCUUAGCCGUUAUGGUAUAUGAGCUAUUAGUAUAUACACACUCAGUGAUCUUGGUGAUUUAAGCAAUCUGAUUGGUUCGCUAUCUCGGACUAUUCAACAAUAUUCACCUCCUAGCGAGUGGAUAAUGUGUGAGCUCGGUGUUUUUCCCGUUUUUUUUAGAGAACGAUCUUUUAAAAGUCGACAAAAUCCUAGGGCUGACUUUUUUUAAGGCAAGAAAAGACUUGGAAGGAUUCAAUACGGCGUUUUUCAAUUUACUGUAGCAGGAGUUUUGUGCUCGAUGGAUUGUUUACAACUCCCGUGUAUUCGCGUAGAAGAAGCCGUUUCGUGAACUCAGCGUUUUCUAAGAAGAAAAUUUUGGCUCAAAAAUCGAAGUUUAUUUAUGACAAACAAAUUUAAAAGGAAAUGUUUGCAGAAAUUCUACAUUUCAAGUAAACGGGAAAAAGAAUGAUACAGGAAGACGACCUCUUACCUCGAGCAACCGAGCCGCGAUUUUUGCGAAGAGCGACACAACAUGCCCUUUUGGCUAUAAACUUGGCGAGUCAACAGAAAACAACACAGCUCUACUUUUUUUCUCAGGUAAGGAAACAGUUCAAACUUUUAGCGAUUCCAUUGAAGCCAUUACGCUGUUGUUUGCGAAAUGAGUAAACUUGUGAAUUGCCAUGUUUGAAAAUUCUGCAAAGAUCUAUUUUUAAACUUACGCGUGAUUUGAUCUGUCAAUCAAAUCCUACUUUUGAAUGGUUUCCUUUCUGAUUUUGUUGAGAUCACUUCGUGUGUAUAUACUAAAACAAUUAUUCUUCUCAAUCUCGGUGAAUAGUGGCUUUCGCGGCUCGGUAAAUAUUUUGCCACUAUUCACCUCGAUUUCAAAGAAUAAAUUGUUAAUUAUACCAUGCUCUCCAUAUAUGGUCGGGGUACGCGUCAGUUUAAAAUUGGAAGCUAGCUGACAUUUUUUUUCGCGAAGGAUAGAACGGCGCCCGAGGCAAAUCGUUUUAAUUCAUUUCUUAGAAUACUAGAAAUGCAAUUUCAUCGAAAGAAAAAAGACAAAAACAAACAAAAAAGCCACAAGAGCUUGUUUGAAAGUUUGUAGAAAAACACAUGAAAACACAUGGAACUACCUUGACCAGCUACUUAAGAAGACAAGUGUUGUUUCUUCAUGAUCGCGAAGCCAUUCGCCGAUCGAGUCACCCGCCGAUAGAUAACUGCGGCUUUUUUAUCCGACAUCAAGAAUAUAAAUCACAAGUAACCAGCUACAAAUACAGGCUAUGCAGCCAUUCACUAGAGCAAUCGAGGCGGCAGUAUAGCUUCUUUUCUCGUUCAGCAAAACCAGCUUGUGGCUUCAAACAACUUCAUAACAAGCGACCGAGGUAAUAGUUUUUCUCUGUUGUUCUUUCUUUUAUAACUGCACCGAAAAUCCAAAUUCACAGUAACUUCGACGGCUGUCACUUAAAAAUUCUUUUCCUUCACAUUAUCUGCCAGGUUUUUUUAGCUGUUCGGCUGUGUAAAACCCUAGAAUCCCCAUGAUUUUUUUGAAAAACUAAUGUUCAUUGCUACAAUGUUUUGAUUUUUCAUUCAUGCCGUCCAGGCGAGUCCGUUCGCGCGUUGACAGUUUUGAUGGACGUGUGACAUGUGAAUAGCGGAAGUCCGUUGUCUUUUCCGGUUUGCUCUAGUCGGGGAGAUUCAACGAGAUUUUGUGGGCGUUUUUAAUAAAACAAUUAUUCCACUCGCGCUUUUUGGAUAUGAGAUGAUUAUAGCCAACUCGGCGCUACGCGCCUCGUUGGCCUCUCCAUCAUCUCAUAUCCAACGCGCCCUCGUGGAAUAAUUAGGGAGUUUAAGAUACGGAGACUACGGACUACGAACUACGGCUGGACGAGCGUUGUCCUUUGUUUGUAGCACUGGGUUGAGUCGUGCAAAUAUAGAACGUUAAUAUUCCACUACAGACGGCAGACUACGAGAGAAGAGGCGGAGAGGGAAACAACACGCAAAAAUUUUCUUGUUUUCACCACAGUUCACAAAAAUGCAAGUCAGUUUUGCAUGUGAUCUUAUCUUUAGAACAAUGAACAAGUUCUUCCAUACUUGAAGGAAGCAAUUACGUACAAGUCGAUUCGCGUACAAGUUGAUUCGCCUACAACUUUACUCCUUGUUCCAUCACCGUGGCUCGGGUGAAAUUGGUAAACAAAGUUUUGGUUGCACAGGUUUUAUUUUUUUUUCGCCCAUGAAUACUUAUGUAAAAUAUUAAAGAAAUAGACAGAAAUAGUAAUAGCUCAUUUAUUAGAUUUAGAAGAUGGACUUCUUCGACUACUGAUCUGAUGUAGUUUGAAGUAUUGAAAUGACCAGUUUCGAUUGUCUCGAAGAUGUUUACAUCAUUUUCAUUCAGCAAAUGCGAUACAAAAACUCGCAUAAACAAAGGUCACACAAGUAGAAAGCCACACUAAUCAGUUCGAACAAACAUUGAAACUUUUCAAGUGUGAAGAGAAAGUAAAUUACCUGCAUGAUUUCUCUUCUCCUCGGCCAUCAAUCGGAAUUCUGCGUAUAAACAGCUAAGCUUCUUUAAAUAUGAGCUUAGCUAGAUAAAAAUGUAGUCACAACGGUGGAUUAAAAGCGUAAAUCUGAGCAGAAAUUAGACACAACUUACAUAUUUCGCUUCCCUCUCACUUAAAGCAGGCAAAUUGAACCUUUUUUACGAAAAGACGAGAUUCUUGAAUUACCGAGACGGCAAAAUACGAGCAAAAUGUUCUCCGUAGUCCCGACUACGCGAAACAGCUCAACAACUCACCGUAGCCGCAGGACUACGCGGGAAAAAUGAACAGUCACGUGGUUUUGAUCAUGCGCAGUAGCAUGUUUAUCCGUAGCCGUAGUCCGUAGUCGGAGUGUCUUAAACUCCCUAUUGUUAAAUAGCAGAUCCAAGAUGGCAGAUGUUUCCAGUUGUUAUCUUAGUUCAAUUUUUUGCAAAAUGUGCAUUGAAAAGCUGGCAAAAGCCAGUCGUUUGGAGGGUGCUCCUUAUCCCUCAGUGGUUUAUUUAAACCAACCGGUGAUGUUUAUUAAUAAUAAAUGACGUCAUCGUGACAUCACUGCUAUUGUUAAAGAUUAUUUAAAAUUACGUUAAUGAACUUCUUGAUCUUAUAAAGUACUGACUAAUUAAGUAUUUUUCGCUUUAUGGCUACUUUAAGGCGGAAAAAAAUAAUGAAAUUUUGGUUUCUACUAAAAAAUUCAACAAUGCCACGUCAUAUGGUGUCAAAUUAACUGUCAUUUUGUUAAUCAAGUAAUACCUAGGUGUUUGAAUUGAUGAGUACAUUAUUGGCUGUAAAAAACGGCGGCCGUAUCUUAAGCGCCCUGUUUCAAAGUUAUAGAGGGAGGCCUUCAAAGUCCUCUGAAGGCCCUCCGACGGUCGCAGAAAGCAAAUUAACAAAGUUCGGCCUGAGAAAGGUUAAGACAAUACAAUUUUUUAAAGAACAACUUCAUUACUUUUAUACUGUUUUGCCUCAUAAAAGUAACCGAAACGUGUUUUCAUAGCAAUGCAAAAUCGACCUGUACGAUUGCAUGUUUCAUGAUGACACGAAAGGUUGGUGGACUUGUACGAAGGAAUACGUCACCUGCAUGAAGCAGCUAAUACCACCCAGACCACAAUCUGUUGUAAGUAUAUUAUCUAUUACUACAGUCGAACCCCGCCUAACGGCCACCUCGGUAAUACGGUCACCUCGUUAUUACUACCACUUAAUGAUAAUUGACAAGGGGGUUUCUGUUAGCCAACAGUAGAGCUUUUACAAGAAGUUUUGAGAGGAUAGCUACUUACUUGUUCCUUCAAGGCUAGUUAGACAGGUUUUUAGAAAAUCCGUGGAAUCAAUAAGCAAAGACAACAAGUUUAAUUGAAUGAACUAACCAUUUUUAUUUUUCCUUCUCUUUAGCAAUGUACCAUAGACUUAUAUUACUGUUUUAAAGAGAACCAAGUUGGAAACUUCGAGUGUACCAGUAGAUUUGGCUCCUGUUUAAACAAAGAAUUACCUUCAUUUAUAGUAAGUAUAUAAAACAUAACUUAAUGGUAUUCUUAACUAUACAAUAAAGGAGGAAGUUACUACAGGUUACCAAUAAGGAUCUUCGAUUUAUACCAAUUUACGAGCCUUACAACAUACGCCUUGCACACAAACCGAUACUAAACCACUUUACGACGGCUACUUACUAAUGUUAAGGACAAAGACAAACCGGAGGAGAGACAAGGAGCAGUAUACAAGAUCAAAUGCUGCGACUGCCAGGCCACGUACAUUGGUGAGACCGGCAGAAACCUUCUAGCAUGCACGUGACUGACUGAACACAAACGAGCGACAAGACAUGGUGAUCAGAUCAACAACCACAUUGCUGAACACCAUUUACGGACAAAACAUCAAAUCGACUGGGACUCUGCGCGACAUGUAUUACGUAUUCCACAGACCACUAUCAACGACUCACUUUAAAAAGCAGGUUUACUUCUCAACUAAUUUAUCGGCACCAUGCAAACGCGUUAUUGACGGACUGACGCAAAACUGUCAACGCCUGCAGACAAUUUGACUAACAACAAACUGUGACAACGGAUCGAGACGCACCAAUGACAUUUAGAGUUUUCAUAGCUAACAACACUACGGCUUAAUUGAUAGAGGACCAAUAACACCGCGACUUAUUUGACCAAUCAAGUUAAUAACCAGAGUGUAGUGCACCGGAAGUAGUUAUACCUGUUGUUGCUGCGACUGAGAUUAUUAUGUAAUACCGUACCCGUGGCGAUUCCAGGAGAUGGGCCAUCCAUAUUUUUAGACCAAACUUAGAAAAAAAAUUUGUUUUGAGACUGCAACCCCCCCUUUAUCUCAGGGUCCGGACGACCAGACCCCACCCCCCAGAAAAAUAAUAUAGAAUAAAAAUAAGCAGAAUGUCACUUAACAAAAUAUUCAUGUUUCUAAUAAACCCCUCUAGCGGAAAUGCUAAAAUACAAAAACUAAUAGCAAAACAUAUAUUCGAAUGCUUUGAAAAAAGGAAAGGGGAAGACGGCAAAAAGUAAAUACUCUAGGACUUAAUUAACUAAUAACUUAUUAGCCAUAUAUGGUUAGGAAUUUUUCUUGUUUGCAAUUUUAGUUAUUUGGAAAUAGUUGAUAUACUCCAAAUAAAAAACAUGUAAGUAUCAUGCCCAUCCCCCACCCCACCCCCCUCUUAUAUGAAGGUCUGGAUCGGCCACUGCGUACUAAUUAUUAUUGGAUGUAGUAGAACACAAGGAGGAAAUAUGUGUGUAUUGUGUAAGCCUGAUUAAAAGCAUGUUGAGUUGUUGAGUUGUCCAAUAUUCUGAGACGAAACCAUUACACAGAGUUCAAUACCAUCAAACCGAGGUGAUACAACCCAGUUGACUCUGAAAAUGACUACCACAUAGGUUGUCCAAACGCUACAACAGUCCUAUUCAGGACUAUGAUCACCAAGACGAUCAUGCUCCACCUUCCAACGAUCACAAUUGAAACAGCUUUAAUUGAAAACUAGCUGCUUUAGCCUGAUGUUGACUAUUUUAAACUAAUUUUUGUCCUCCGCAGCAAGCUUGUAAUAAGGAAGUCGCACAGUGUUGGAGCUCAGCCUCAGACUAUAAUAUAGCAGCGAAGUUCAAGUGCUGUACAUCAUUUGCAUACUGCUUUCUCAAUGGACCAACUCCAGCCCCAAGUAUUGCUGCCCUGAAGGUUGAAGAUGCAAGCCAAAUGCAGGAUGUCAGCGGUGGAAUUGUGAGAGUCCCUAAUAAAUAGGCUAACUACCGGCAUGCACAAAACGCAAGUUACCGGUAACAGGUCACAAGUGAAGGUUAUAGUACAGGACACCAUGCUAUGGUAAAUAAACAACACUAAAAACGUCUCCUAGCCCUAUUCACAAUCCGAAAUCGGAAAUAGGAGGAAACAAUUUACUCAGUCAUUUGUCAACAGAGAAGUGACCUGCACUCAGUGCGACCUGUUACCUGUUACCUGCCAGUUGACUACGUGUGUCAAUUUGUGCGAAAAUGACGUGUUAGCAAAUUGUUGGCCAGAUUCUAUGUCUUUGAAAUUAAUCGAUCACUUUGUUAUUUGAUAACCUUAGCCGCUGAUUAUAUGUCACCAAUUGCUUAUUUUAAGAAAGCGAUUGGGCAUUCAUUAUUCGAGAGUAUAGCUCCUGAGUCCACCAUUUUCUAUUUUAGCUGAACAGACGGUUAGCCUCCAAUGAGUUGGUGUUUUAAUCGUUUUUUUUUUUAAAUUGAAUUCUUGGUUCACAAUAAAAGCGGAAUAAAAACAAAAUGGGGGUAAAAACAAGAAUCUGAUUAUGGUGUUAGAAUGAGAAUGAAAGGAGCAGCUGGUAUACAGUCUAAGUUGGGAAAACUGGGAAAACUUAAACAUUAAAGGAAAGCUUUGCGAAAGCUUUAUUAUGUAUGCCUAAAAAAUACCACUCAAAAACGGCCAGCUCGACCAGAGCUGUAAUAAAGUAAUGACUAUGAAGAAGUAGUUAUCGAAUGGCUUUUGGACCCAUCUAUGAAGCCAACUGGAAUUGAACAGUAAACUUGAUAUUAAUAUUGUGCCAGCAUUUGUUGUUUUUCCGUUUUUUCAGCAAUGCAAAAAGGAUCUUUACAGCUGUUUAAAACCUGGUGAAGACAAGAAGGUUUGCUUUAAAAAGUACAAAGCAUGCAUGUACGCCCUGGUUCCUCCCUAUGUCGUAAGUUAAAACAUUAUGUAUCACCACUUAUUUUAAUUCCAUCCUAUUUAAUGAGUACUCUUUAACUACUUACUCUUACUUAGUUUAGGAGACAAAAAAAGCAAAACAUUCGUAAUAAAACACACAGAACCAAGGGCCCAAUAGUCCACUUAAAACUUCUAAACUGUCAUACAAAGUUAUGUAACUACUUACCCUUUCAGUUUCAACCAUUUCCUAAAUUAAAGCUUGGCAUCUCGUCGCCUUUAAAAGAAAUACCCUGUUUUUUAUUGUUAUUUAGUUAUGUACAUAUUUGUCAUUAGUUAGUUAUUUAUGAGCUCACCUUGGGAUCCAUUUGUUGCAGAGACAGUGCUAUGCGAAAGCCAAAGAGUGUCUUGGAAAUACCAGUGGCUUCAACAAGUAUAAGUGUGUUAGGGACCUCGCCAUCUGUCUGAAAAAUGGCGCUCCUACUACAACUCCCCCAAAACCUUCAGCUUCUUAAUUCAGAGCUGGAAGAGUGGGUUGGAAAAACCACAUUGGCGACAAGAAAAUUUAAUAUUUUCGUGUAUAAGGCAUAGAAUAGUACAAGAAAAAAUUAAACAGUUCAAAAAAAGCACAGUUUGUUUUAAAUGUCUCAGUUGCCUUUUGCAUUUUUCGUAAGGGACACCUGCAAUCCAGGACCAAACUAACCCUCCAUUUCUAAGCCUACAGUAUACCGUUGUUAUAAGUUUCCCUCUUUUUAUUUAUCACAAUGUUAAUUUCAGGCCCCGUCCAAGUGAAUCAAGAUAUUUCUGAAAUCGCUUUUUUUUUCACGAAUAGCUAGCCUGGUCAAGUAGGUUUUUUGGCUAAUCACACCACGCUUUCAGGUCCUUAUUUCGGAUUUUCAAUGGCAGGUCUUAGAUCGCAAAAUUCGACUUGUAAUGCUUUCAAAGUUUUUUUUUGUUUAGCAUUGUGAUGGUGUUACUCCAAACGAAUUUCACGUAAACAAAUCGCUUUUAAGGCGAUUAAAAAGAUAGGUAUGAUCCCCGAAAACUGUUUCGAGAGACCUUCAGAAAAAAAACACAAACGUGUAUGUGCACACCCCCCUCCCCUCCAAAAAAGUGUCUAUUUGCCGCCAUCACCUUCUUAUUUUUAGGGAGCUUAAACAACGACGGCGGCGACGUCAACAAGUACGGCAAAAAAGCAAUUGGUUUAGAUUGGCAAAACAACAACUUUUCUCGUGCAGCACGCUUUUUUUCAAUUUCUUUGCCGUCACUGUUUAGCACUACCACGACCUGAAUGAAUGUUUCAAAGUUUCAUUCGGAUGUCCCGAAGUUGCUUCCGAAUGUCGCGACAUUUCUUCGAUAUCUUCGAGUUCUUUGAUUUAUUCUGACUUAUUUUUAUUUAUUAUUCUGGCUAAAGUAUUUUACAAAAACAUUGAAGCAAUUUGGGCUAAUAGCUUCAAAAUACGAACGAAAAUCCUGUUUAAUAUGUCGUUUCUCCAAUACGUUUGCGAGAUACAUAUUUCUACUUUAUGUUGCGAUUUUGUACAUGAAUUAUCCUCGGUGUGGAGAUUGUGUAUUUUCAGCAAAGUUUUUAAGGGGGUGUACUGGUGUUAGUUAGUUACAUAACAUAACAUAACAUAAAACUUUAUUUAAACUCGAAUUUUAGGGUAGCUAACAAGCUAAUAUCUUCGAGCUGACACUACAUAAAAACUAUAUAGAAAAUAUAUAUAUACAUUAAAUGCAAGGAAAGAAAAUAUCAUUUACAAUUCACAAUUUUAAGUUUAAGUAUGUCAGGCAAAAAGAAUCUACAUGAAGGUAACAUCCUGUAUUUUAGUCUUAAAGUCUGCAAAAAAACUGGUACGAAAAAAGUCCGGCAGUGCAUUCCACUGCUUAGCUGAAAAGUAAGAAAAGGAGUUAAGACCAUAGGUAGUUGUUUUAGGUUUACUUAGUGAAAGAAUGUAGUUGCCACGAAGAUCAUAGGAAGAGGACCGGAGUGAAAACAUAUUCUUCAUAUAUGUAGGAAAAUGAGUGAAAAACAAACUCUUAUAUAACAGAAUGAGGAAAUUUUGAAUGCGUUUGUUAAACAAAGAAGUAGAGCUGACUUUUGAGAGAAGAGUGUUGUAUGGAGACGAGUAAUCUCCAAGUAUAAAUCUAAGUAUUCUUUUAUUUAAAGCUUCGAGCUUAUCUGCAUCGCGCGCUCCACAAAAGUGCCAGACAGAGGAGCAAUAAUAAAAGUGAGGUAAAAUAUACGCUUUGUAAAGUUUGAAUAAGAUUUCCUUGCGUAUGAGUUUUCUAAAGCGCAACAUAACGUUAAAUUGAUUAUUAAUCUUUUGCAUACAUUUGAUAUAUGUUUAGAAAAAUUCAGUUUAUUAUCUAUUUCAUUCCAAAAAUCUCUAACGUGUCCUUUACUGGGAAGGAAAAACCAUACUCCGUAUCACCGAGGAUUAGACACUGGUGCUUGCUCUCAUUAACUAACAUCCCAUUUUCAUGGUACCACUGAUUGGCCACGCCAACAUCAUGAGAUACGCAUGCAUCCAGAGCUGCCGGAUCGACGUGGGAGUAGUAUACCUGAUGAUCAUCCGCAUAAGCGUUCAACUUGGCCUUCUUGACGUGGAAGAAAAGAUCGUUUAUGAAAAUGUUGAAUAGCAUGGGACCUAACACACUCCCCUGCGGGACCCCACGCUUGACGCUUUCCCAGGUCGAAAAGGUGUCUCCAACUUUAACUCUCUGAGUUCUGCUAGAGAGAUAGUUCCUAAUUAGGGCACAACUUUUGUCGUCCAUACCAUAGGCCCUCAGUUUCGAAAGGAGGAGUGGAUACUGAAUAACAUCAAACGCUUUGGAGAGAUCCAUAGAAACUACCGCAACAAGCUCCCCUGUCACGCAUCAUUCUCCAGUCCUCGGUCAACCUUAGCAAAGAGGUCUCGCAACUAUAAAACUUUCUAUAAGCGCUUAUGAAGUCUGAUAAGACCCCAUUGUAAAAUUCAUACAUCUGCCCCGAUAGAAGCCUUUCAAAAAUAUUGUUUAGAGCAGGGAGCACAGUUACGGGCCUAUAGUUGAUCUUACAAAACUCGUCGUCUUUUUUUUGUACAGAGGAGUAACCAUGCCCAUCUUCCAGCUAGCAGGAUAACAGCAAUGUUCAAUGCAACAGUUUAUUAUACUUGUUAUAGGCCGCGCAAUAACAGCUGCCGCUUCUUUAAUCAACUUUGGUGGGAUCAUAUCGUGACCAGGUGACUUACGUACAUUGAUCUCUUUUAGUAAUAGCUCAACCUGGGUUUCACUUGCACGAUGAAAACUGAAGCAAGCUGGAGCACUAGAGCCCCUGUGUUCAUGGAUUGCUUUGAUGCUGGGAUGAUUUGCAUAAUCCUCACCGUAAUCCUCUGCUCGUAUUUCAGGCAUGCUGUCAGCAAUGUGAACAAAGUAGUCAUUAAGCAGAUUGGCAAUCUCCUUUUUGUCACUAAUAAUCCUGUCAUUUUCUUUCAAGAUAAUGUCAUUGGCUUGCUUACUUUUAGUAUGCAAAAAGGGGCGGAAAGUAGACCAGAAUUCGCGCGGGUGUUCGGUGUCUGCUGUUUUCCUCGCGAAGUGUUGUUUUAUUGCUUUUCGCCUAAGAGAGGUGCAGGUAUUACGUUGAGUUUUGUUUACGUCUUCAGUUACGUUGCUGGAGAAGGUGUGGAGUUAACUGUACAUAAGGAAAGUGUUGUUGUAGAGGAAAUAAAGGAAGUGGAACUGAGAUCUCGUCGUCCGCAUUUUCUUUCAUGACAGAUUUGCAAUCGAAUUGGGUUACAGCCACGGGGUCAUGCACCUAGCAGACUUCAGGUAAAGAAGUUAAGACGUCUUUAACACAAAAGGAGACAAGUAAGGGUUAUUUGUAUGGAAGGGUAUCCGGAAAAAUAUCAUUUCUUACUAUUCCUCCGCAUUCACAAUUAAUCCUCAACCACGACGCCGAAGUGUACGCUCCCAUUGUGUCUAGUUUCAGGUUUUUGGAGGACGUGAACGCAAGACAACGACUUUCUUUUUUCUUUUCCUGAACUUCGAUACAGUCUUUUAGAAUUCAACUCCGGAAAAAAUUGCCAACAUUUGACGAAUUGAACGAGAUGGAAUAAAGGCGAUAAAGUUUAAGGCAGCGCGACUCACUUUUAGAGUGACAUUUUCGUAGCCGUCGCUGUCGUUGUUGCUUAAGCUCCCUAUUCAUUUCUCCACACAUUUUGGCCCGAUGUAUGGGCAAUCAGUUGCCAUGGUUAAGACAUAUGACGUCAUAAAAGGAAAUUGAAUCAAGCCAGGCAAGGUAAGACUCUUUCGUCCUUUUCUUUUGUUCAUUAAAAAAUCGAAGAGAAUAGGUUAAAGUAGAAGAGAAAGUAGCAGUAGAAGAAAAAGAACAAGGCAUUUAAGAAGAAGACGAAGAAGAAUAGACAAAAGGAAACUAAACAACCAUUCAAAUUUACAAUGUAGUUGCAAAAUCAUUCAUAGAUCAUUAAAAUUGCUCAAUUGCCCUUUAUCCUUUUAACGUGAUAAAAACUCCAUUUAUAUUUUCUAAAAAUAUACUGUAAAAAUUCCGUGCACAAAAUCACAAGAAGGCAAAAUGUUAGGUCUUUGAUGUUAUGAUUAAGGGCGACUACCACAUGUACAGUUUUAUCGCUGACAUUACCGAUACUCUUACGAAAGAGGAACUACAAAAUUAAGAGCGAAUGCACAGAAAAAUCGAGCAAACCGUGGCCACAGCUCAAAACCUAACCUACCCUCAUUUUAAGUCUGUAAUAAGGUUUUAAUGAAUUUAUAACACUGCUGAGGUUUAAUUUUCAAAAUGCGUCCGAGUUUGGGAAUUAUUUGAGAUUUUCGAUUUCAACGGUCUGCGGGCCUAAAAUUAGCCGCCGAACAAGGCAAUAUAGCCUAGCGACAGAAAUGAGCUGAAUUUCAUAAACGAGCGAAUAUAUUGCCAAUCUUCCACUUAAAUCUCAAAAAGCAGAUAUCUAACAAUUUCUGAAUGGCUUCUUUUUUAGAUUUAGAGUAUAAAAUAUCGACGAACCAGCAGAAUUUUGAAACGUAAUUUGCAUAAUGCUGAUAAAUACAACAAUUUACCGCUAAAACCAAAAUCGAAUUUUCUAUAUGGGGGAAUUCUCCAAAUCACCCCAAAUCCCGCUUACUAACUAAUGAGAUAUAGUACUUCAACAUUAUCUGAAAGUUAGUCUGGUGUUCUUCCGAACGCUUGUAAAAUAGAUUGAUUAUUUUGAAGUUAUUUUGCCCCAAACAACUGCUAAUUGACCCCAGGGUCAAUUGACACGUGCACGUCACCUUAGUUUUACGCAUCGAUUUGAGCUCGUUAAAAGGGAGAAACUAACAAGAUUCUUUUAAUAUGUACCUGUUUUAAUGAAAUACACGCAAUCGUCAAAAUGAGAGGCCGUUCAAUGGGUAAUUUCUGUUCUUGAGAUCUUGUAGAUUGUACCAUGGCGUCUGCGAGUGGACCUGAGUCUAGGUCUGUUUUCCCGUGACUGCGAAAUCAGAAUAACAUCAUGAAAUAAUUUUCUCUCGAACCUUCGUAAAUGAAUCAGCUUUGCAGUGCCUUACCUGAGAUAAAAAGUGGGCAGAAUAGGAAAACAUUCUAGCGCAAUUUGGAUCCUUUGCAGCACGUAGUGUAUUUGCUAAGCGGCGAUGGUAUUAAUGACUUUUUAAAAGUCAGGUGAGUAACUAAUUAAAAUUAGUUACUCACCUCCGAUUGCGUGACCAGGCAAUUAUAGAUUGUCUCCAGCGAAAAAUAAGUGCAUGUGAAACCAAAGCUUUCGGGAUACAGUAAAUUCAUUUUCCUGUAUGACCAGGUGUCCUUUUGUCCUAUUUUAAAAGCGGUUAACUAAGAUGAUUAGCAAACAUACUGUCCCACUUUUUAAAAAUGGUACAGUAACUGAAUGUUCUGUUCUUCUGAUUUUACCCCUAACCCCGGAGUGUUCAGAAGAUAUAUUUGCACUACGCAUGAAAGGCAAAUGGAUUAAAUUUUAAGGUUCAAGGCGGUUUUAAGGCAUGGGUUACCAGUGGAUUAGUCAGACUUGUCAUAAGGUGCAUUGAACAGAAAAUUACAGGCAUGAUAUCUCUGCUAUUGUGUGUCCAUUAAGUGAUUUUCCAUCAAACAUUAUUUUUUUACUUUUUUACCCCAAAAGUUUUUUUCGUUCAAUUCUUAUCUAUGAGAUGUAAACUUAGUUAAAUUUCUGUAAUUUGUUGUUAAAUGCAAAUCUGCAAACAACUAAGUAUUUAAUUUUGCGUAAAAGCUACAUGAAAUUGUACUGUUUAGCCGUAAAUCAUUAAAAAGAGAAAGCAUCAUGCUUUCUCUUUUCAGUCCUAGUAGGACUUAAGCAAUGGCAUUGCUUAAGUCCUAGUAGUUCUUCUCCAUGUCUGCUAAGGGGGAAAUAGUUUGCUCUUUUCAAGAAAUUGUUCUUGCCCAUUGCGGUUUCAAACCAAGGAUAGCAGCAAGUCUGUCGUGGUCAUAUACUGCUACUUCAGUGCAAACGAAGCAUAGGCGCACAAGUCAGCGCUUGCGUUUAGUCAGGUGCCGAAAAUGAAGUGGAAACUUAACCCUAAGGGCGUCCAUGUUCGCUCCGGCUCGAAAAGGUAGAAUCAGUUGUGCAGUAAAAAGUAAUGCGAAAAACCUGCGGGGGCUGGGGAAAGAAAGGCGUCUUAUUUUUCUUUGGCUUGUUCUAUUUUCGCGACGUGCUACAGGUUACGAAAUGGUGACAAGCUCAAUAUAUGUCUUCACCACCGAGAGUCACUUGCCCUUAGCCAGACACGCCCCUCACGUAUCAUGUUUCGUUCUUAAAGUUAUUUCAAAGCACAGAACCAAACCUAAUCAGCGGCCGAAGGCAGAAAAGGGGAUGAGCAAACGGAUGUCACAGCAUAUUUUGCAAGAAACCGGUAUCCUUUUGCCUAUCGGCUCAGGAACGAUUGAUUACUACUAGAAUAAAUACCAGGGUCAGAAUUUGAGUGCUACAAUGGGAGGGAAGGAAGAAAAGAAAACCGCCGCGGGCACCUGUUAAGUCUUUUAUAAACUUUCUCGUCCUGACGGUCUCAAAGAAAGGCGUUGUGGCUGCUAUUUAAUUUACAGUGUCUGUUGCAGGAGUCGAAUUAAUCCUACAGCAACUGGAAACGUGGCCACGCCUGCUGAAACUGAGAUUGCUUGUAGGAUAUUCGGCUAUAGUUUGGUAUAUUCACGAGCGCGUUUUGUCCAGUGAACUGAGCGCGUAGUUUUUCUUAACGAAGGGAUGGGGUGGGUCAAGUGAAUAUUUCGGGGAACGUUUGCUCUCAUUAGUUGGGGGUAUAUUUGUUGAUAUCAGGAGUUCUGGCCUGGAUAGAGUCGUUGUAAAGCUAUUUUUUUGCUUCGGGGUAUCGGUUUCCCGGAAGCUGAGCAAGGAAAAUUCAAUGGUGCAUUUAUGGAAUAAUAAUAGAGAUUCUCAUGGUCUAACAGUGCGAAGAUUAGACUUCUGGUAAGGUGGCAACGAUCAAGGCCCGCAUUAUAAUUCAUGAUAAUUGAAGGUCAUGAUGUGGAAAAAGCGACUGAAAUGGUGGAUGCCAUGCAAUCCUCUCGGGUGGGGGGCGGGGCACCUGGCCUUAACGGUUGCCCUUCGACAGAAGGCAAGCAUGCCCAGAUUGUCCACGGGUUGCUAAAUGAGACCGUCCCUUUCUUAGUACCCGUUCCCUGUCUUUUUAUUAGACCCGGGCAAAUUUCUCGAAAUUGCACCAUCAUUUUGGGCUUUUAAGCUUCCAAAGUCCAACAAUAAUAGCGCAUGUUCGCGACGGUUUUUUAAGUCAGUCAAGUUCUUAAACCAGGCCUUAAACGGCCAGUUUUAAGUGUCGAUAACAGUUAAAAAGGCAUACAAGCCCCAUGCAAAAGACAGUGGGAAGGAAGUACACAUCGGUGAUGGGGAAAAAGGACUAGCCCACAGUUAUUUAGGGGUGGAUCUUUCGAAACAUUCUUAUACUCCUGGACAGAUAUGCAUUGUUUAAAGUUUUAGACAAACCAGGUGUAAAUUUAUAGUAACAAACUGUUAAAUAUACAUCAGCAAGAUUUUUGCGAAUCUUAUUUUUCGCUGGAGACUAUCGUUUACUGGCUGGUCACGCAAUCAAAGGCAACGUACUUUCCCACGUUUGUUUACUGACCUUUCGCUCGGCAAUACACUGCGUUCGACAAAGGAUCCAAAUUGCGCUGGAAAUGUUUUGCUAUUCGGCCCACUUGUUAUCUUAGGUAAGGCAUUGCAAAGCUGAUUAACUUACAAAGAUACGAGGGAGAAUUAUUUCUUGAUGUUAUUCUGAUUUCGCAGUCACGGGAAAACAGACCUAGACUCAGGUCCACUCGCAGACGCCAUGGUACAAUCUACAAGAUCUCAAGAACAGAAAUUACCCAUUGAACGGCCUCUCCUUUGAGGAUUGCGUGUAUUUCAAUAAAACAGGUACAUAUUAAAAGAAUCUUGUUAGUUUCUCCCUUUUAACGAGCUCAAAUCGAUGCAUAAAACUAAGGCGACGUGCACGUGUCAAUUGACCCUGGGGUCAAUUAGCAGUUGUUUGGGGCAAAAUAACUUCAAAAUAAUCAAUCUAUUUUACAAGCGUUCGAAGAACACCAGACUAACUUUCAGAUAAUGUUGAAGUACUAUAUCUCAUUAGUUAGUAAGCGGGAUUUGGGGUGAUUUGGAGAAUUCCCCCAUAUAGAAAAUUCGAUUUUGGUUUUAGCGGUAAAUUGUUGUAUUUAUAAGCAUUAUGCAAAUUACGUUUCAAAAUUCUGCUGGUUCGUCGAUAUUUUAUACUCUAAAUCUAAAAAAUAAGCCAUUCAGAAAUUGUUAGAUAUCUACUUUUUGAGAUUUAAGUGGAAGAUUGGCAAUAUAUUCGCUCGUUUAUGAAAGUCAGCUCAUUUCUGUCGCUAGGCUAUUUUGCCGUGUUCGGCGGCUAAUUUUAGGCCCGCAGACCGUUGAAAUCGAAAAUCUCAAAUAAUUCCCAAACUCGGCCGCAUUUUGAAAUUUAAACCUCAGCAGUGUUAUAAACUCAUUAAAACCUUAUUACAGACUGAAAAUGAGAGUAAGUUAGGUUUUGAGCUGUGGCCACGAUUUGCCGAUUUUGCUCGAUUUUUCUGUGCAUUCGCUCUUAAACGACGUGCCAAAACCCAAAUCAAUGGGAUUUUGUUGAACCCGUUAAACUGAUUUGUUUAGAUCGAAAUUUGGGCUAUUUGGUUAUGCAAUUCAGACUCAUAUAAUCGAGAAUACUUUAGCCCACCAAUUUCUUUUUCAAUUCUAUUCCCUUGUUUGAUGGACGUAAACAAUAGGGCCAUUUAUACGAGGAAAAAUAAGACGCGUCUUACAUAAGACGCGAAUUUUCCAUAUAAACGGCACAUUUCGUCUAAAAUAAGACGCGUCUUAGCUAAGACGCGUCUUAUUAGAUAAGACAUGCUCGUAUAAAUGGUUCAGUUCGCGUCUUAUUUAAGACCUGUCUUAUGUAAGACGCGUCUUAUUUUUCCUCGUAUAAAUGGCCCUAUUAUGACUUAAAUAACUACAACUGCCCCCUAAACUUUGUUUAUUUUGAUCCAUAAUUCCCAAAACAUUUUGGCCCCGCCAAUCCUGGCCCGACCCGAACAGCUUCACUUGGAAUUUGAAGCCUCAAGUCCAAAAAAAAAAAAAAAAAAAAAAAAAAAACCUUGAAGUACCUCGCGAAAAUGACAGUCGCAUCCUUAAAUGACUUAUUAAAAAUGCUUUACCCUACAUUUUGUUUUCCUUUGGAGUUAAGUAAGAUGAUCUUGUGAUUUCUAUUUUGGCACUCUUAUUAAUGGGAGAGUAAAUGUUGAUACUUACAGACAACUAAUGCAUUGUCCGCCAUUAUUGCCAGGAAAAAAGAAGAUUCAUUAAAAGUUUGCUUUAAGUCGAUAAUAUUUCACUGUAAUCAGAUGUUGGCACUUCCAACUUUAUUGCAUUACUUGAGUAUUGACUUUUAUCGCCUGUUGCAGGUGAUUUAUUUGCGGAAAUUUAAUUCAUCUCUUGCUCAUCAGAUGUCCUUGUUUGUACUGUUCGGUAACCUGAAUAAAUGACUCAACGUAGUUAACGCCUUUAUAAGCAAGGGGCUACAGAUCAUCUCUAGUACAGAAUAGGCGAGUCUACGAGAACGAUGAAGUCUUUUAUUGCCCUUUCACUCUUUGUUGCCUUCGUGGCUUUCGUUCGUGCGGAGGAUUUUGCCAACUUUGACGUCGAAGCUAAUGAACCAGGUUUUUUUGUGAGUUUUUUUGACAUUUUGCCUUAAUCUAAUUGUUAAUUGUCCGAAAAAGUUUGGACAAACCAAAAAGGUUGAGAAGUGCACCUCGAAAUAUUUCAGUCGUGUAUGUUAAAAAUUUCUGUUUCCAUUUAAAAAUAUUUUGGUUUUUCAUUACUCUAAUUAAAAUUUUUGGUCGCAAAAAAUUGCUUCACUAGGAAAAAACGAAAAAAGAAAAAAAAGGCAGGAAGACAUCUGCGACAAACGUGCUGACGGUUUAAAUCAUUUCUCAACAAGAUGAACUAAAAUGGCUAAGUAGCAACAUACCUACAACAAGGGGGGGAUGGGGGGGGGGGCCUUUUUGUUUUGGGAUUGGUUAAAUUAUAUCUAAAGUAUUGAUUUAUUUCGUUUACUUAUUUAUUUUCUAAAUGAUUUAUUUAUCUUCAGCAAUGUAAAGUUGACCUUUACAACUGCUUCAAGGAUGGGAAUGAAACCAAGACAGGGUGCCUUUCCAAAUACAAAACUUGCAUGGCUUCUCUACUCCCCACCAUGCCUUAUUUUGUGGUAGGUUAAUAAGCUACCCAUGUAACGUACCGUGAAUAUUUAUUAAAGUAGCUAUUUUUUUGUUUAGGUGUCGUAGCCUUGUAUUUUUUUUUAAAUUUUUAUUGAACACAAAUUUGUUUCUGGCAGUUUUCGAAACGCCACAGCAACCGCAAAAGCUGGGAAGAAAAAAUAACGACAUACGAGGAUCACCAAGAAACUGAGUUUAGAUUUAAAGAAAAGAGAAAGUCACAUUUUGAUAGCAAUAUUAAGUAAUAUACUAGAUCUUUUGCAUGUGCGAGAAUGGCGCUAAUGAAAAAUGUAAAAAUUGCAAACGCCACAAGGGGUUUAAUGAGCCAUGCCUUAGUAUGUCGCUACUCUAGCAAAGUGCUAGAUAGGGAAAGAUAAUGCAAAACUCUAGCAAAGUGCUACAUAGGGAAAGAUAAUGCAAACAGCAAAAGUAACGAAUACGAUUGAGGCUGUUGGCCUGCUUUGACUAUGAAUUCAUGAAGCACAAAAAAAAUUGGAAAUAAAUUCUUACUAGUACGUCGACAAGACUGACAUAAUCAAGCUCUUGACAUAAUUUCUCUAUGCAGAUCUUUAUCAACAAAGACAUGGCUAAUCCUGACCACUUACUACUGGUAACCACUAGAACAAUUCCUUCCACGCCUUUUCUUGUUGUUGUUGCUGUUUUUUUCGUUUUUCGUUUUGGUUUGGUUUUGUUUUCUGUUGUUUGUAGGUUUGUUUGUUUUCACGUCAAACUGUUCGUUGAGGGAGUGUUCACGUUUUUGAGGUUUGCAACCUUUACAAUUGAAGGUGUUCAACUUCCCUCUGCAACGCUUGACAUUAGAAAAUACACCAUAAAGCAUUUUAUUUGCCUUUUUUUUUGUCCUGUUUAUUGACGAGACGGCAAAGCCAUUACAAUCUCCUCGAGUAAGGUUGUUAGCAAGCAAUCUCACAUCUUAUCCUUCCAAGAGAGCUUUAAAGAAAUCAUGAUACGUGGAAGUUGUCUUGAAACUUCAACUUUUCCCAUAGCCCGGGAAAACAGCCGACAUUUCGAGACGCCACCACUGGUUUCCCCGCGAAAUCACGUCAGCACAGAAAUUUCAUACUGAUAACGCAUCACUACCGAGAUCCGAGUGGUGCUUCUGAUUGGUUGAAAAUUUGCUUCAUCCAAUCAGAUGAACUACUCAGAUCUGGGUAGUGACGCAUCAUCGGUAUAGAGUUCCUGCGUUCGUUUCUCAGACGUAAUUAUAUUCGCGGGAAACCAGUGGUGGCGCCGUGAAAUGUCAGCUGUUUUCAGCUCUCAGGCUACUUUUCACACUAUGUCAAAAUAUUAUUUAGGUGUUUUCUUGAGUUAAACAAUUUCCUGGUAUUAUUCAUCACAGACCCUUUGCAAGAUGGACCUGAGCUGGUGCACGACACAUUCACAAGAUUGGAAAGAGACGGGCACGUGUUAUCUUGAAUUCUCCAAAUGUUUGAAAGACGGAGGACCCACUCCUGUCACUUAUGCCCCUGAGCUGGCUGCAGCCAAGAUGGACGAUCAACCCACCCGAGGACAAUUUGCGGUAUAUUAAUAGCAUAUGUUUAUAGUUUAAGGUAACUUGAAGGUUUUUCUUUGGGAGGAGGGGGGGAUAAAUGCCAGUUUUCUUAACGGUUCAGUACUACAAUUCUGAUUCGUAAUUGCUGUACGUUCUAUGCAAAGUGCGUUUUAAUUUCGCAUGUGGUUAUUACUGUACUGGCGUACAAAUAUGAUGAAUUGGCGAUGAGUCUUGUGCUUUGAAACUGAAUAAGAUAACAUGCGUAAUCAUUCGUCAGACGAUGAGGCGAAGCAAUGUUAACGACAUUGUCAAGGUAAUAAUGAUACGAUAUACCGUAUAACUUCCUGUCAACAACAACGACAAAAAGCUCAGGCCUUGUGUAAACAGAACGACACCCAGCGGGUCAUUCACACUCAUCAGUUGCAAACAUCGUACCCGAGCAUGCGCACUUGGCCGAGAGGGUUUGGUGCACUAAAUCCCAGUCGUCAAUUCUGAAUAUUUACUCUCGGCUCAGUGGGUCUAAGUCCUCUCAGUCCACUAGCGUUUGAAUACCACCCACUCACACGGCCACGUCUCUAUCAAGAUCGGCGAAGCGCAUUCUUUAAAUGUUCAAACAAAAUCCCUAUCCGAUGCUGGGCCGAUUUUCUUGCUCACGUGUGAAAGAGGAUAUGUUUAGGAUAGACAAUGUAGAUCUCACAAAUAUGGUUUGUGCUUUUUGCCUUCAAUAUAUUCUAUUCAGCAAUGCCAGAUAGACCUGUAUGACUGCAACAAUAGAGGAGAUAAGACUGCCGCAGAGUGUUUGACCGACUACAAGACAUGUAUGGCCCAGCUGAUUCCCCCUUACGUGGUAAGCGGCUUUUUAUGCUCUACUAUCAGUAAAGUAUGUUUAUGACUUCGUGCAAAAAUACAAGACGUAAAGAAACAAAAAAAUAGAAAAGAAGGAAAAAACAGGUAAACAAAGAACAACAACGAAAAACAAAAAACAAAAACAAAAACAAGAAAACACAGAAAAACAUACAAAGCGAACAAAAUAAAGUUAAAAUGGGUGAUAUAAACCGACAAAGAUAUAUCUAGUGGUUUUAAGCGCCUAUGUGGCUUAGAUAAAAGAGCUAUCAGCAUCAGGAGAAAAUGCUGUUUGGUAAAUAAAGUAAAACAAUGCAAUUUGCUUUAGAGUAUAAAAACAAAACAAAACCAACAACACUAACAAAAAACAACAACAACAACAACAACAAAAAUUUUCCAAAUCCCGUGGAAUCCUUAAAAUUAUGGGGAAAUAUACUUACUCAUUGCCAAGAAUUCAAAGGGAACGCACAAUGCAAAUUGAGAAUUUAAUAUUUUUCACUAUUUGACAGUAUUUAACUCCGGUUAAAUAAACUCUCUUUGGGACAGUCAGUUAAACAAAGCCCAUAACCUCCGGAGUUAAAGAAGCAAUCACUGGGCUACAAAAUCUGUUCAGUUGUGAGGUUGUGUUUUAGUUUAAGUAGUACUUUUUAAAACUUUAGGUUAUGGCUGAAAACCUGGCUAAAGCAAAAUAGAUUUAUUUUGGAUGCAAGGUUUGGCCAAAUUUCAAACAGCUUUAAGGGCAGGGCCUGUGUCAUUUAUUGGCGCCGCUAUACGUUUAUUAUUGUUGGGCCAGUUUUUCGAAUUUAAAAAAAUCUGUUGUGUCCUUUUCUUUUUUUUUCUUUUUUUCUCGUAGGAAACAUGCAAUCAGGAAUUUAAAGAGUGUGAAAAUAACGCCUCUGGGUUCCUUGAGAAAGCUAAGUGCGCUACUGACUUUGCUGUUUGUCUAAAGAAUGGAGGCCCAACCACUGCUCCAGCUCUUUGA